UGCUGGUGCUACCGCUAUCAAUUGAGCAACGACCUUCCAAUCUUCCAACCUUUCCUCCUUCUCACAUUCUCCAUCUCUAAUCUCCUCCAUCUUCUUUCAUCAUCCAAACCUCCAAGGGAGAAACCAUAACGAACAAUCUCGAGGAUUCAUUCCAUCAAGACUUUUGACCUCUCUUUUCUCUUCUUGCAUAUUCUCUCAAAUACCCUUGAGCAAAGCCCGUUCCUUUUCUCUGCCCCCCCUAAAUCCGACCAUCUUCUUCCCCAAACAUGGCUGAGCUCCGCCGAAAGCUGGUCAUCGUCGGUGACGGUGCCUGUGGUAAAACUUGUUUAUUGAUCGUUUUCUCCAAGGGAACGUUCCCUGAGGUCUAUGUCCCUACCGUUUUCGAGAACUACGUCGCCGAUGUCGAGGUUGAUGGAAAGCACGUCGAGUUAGCCUUAUGGGAUACGGCUGGUCAGGAAGACUACGACCGUCUUCGACCUUUGUCCUACCCUGACUCUCACGUUAUCCUAAUCUGCUUUGCUGUCGACUCGCCCGAUUCUCUGGACAACGUUCAGGAGAAGUGGAUUUCUGAAGUCCUUCACUUCUGCCAAGGCCUGCCUAUCAUCCUCGUUGGCUGCAAGAAGGAUCUGCGCUACGACGCAAAGACAAUUGAGGAGCUCCGCAAGACUAGCCAGAAGCCUGUCUCCCCUGAGGAGGGUGAGGACAUUCGCAAGAAGAUUGGUGCUUACAAGUACCUUGAGUGCUCAGCCAAGACGAAUGAAGGUGUCCGAGAAGUUUUCGAGCACGCUACUCGCGCGGCUCUGCUGUCUCGCAAAAGCCAGAAGAAGCACUCCAAGUGCUUAGUCCUUUAAGAAAUGUACAACAUCUUUAUGAUACCUUCGACAUACCGUCAUGAUCCAUCAUCGUCCUAGGUUCGUCUCA